CCGCCCGGAAGUUAAUUCUAUUUCCGCUAAAUUGUGGGGUGACAGUUCUGUCCGACAGACCCCAAACUGGGCACAAAAAAAGGAUUGUUGUCAACCAACAGAAUGACGUUACUUUGUAGAAAUUAUAUACUUGAAUCGUAUGAGAAAUGGCGGACUAUCAGUUUAAACAUCUCUUUCACAUAACGAAAAGUUUAAGGUUUUUGAGGUUGUCUCCCUUUGAAUUUAUUUCCUAGUCAACAAAAAUAGGCCGGUCUUAGUUGAAGUAGAUUGAAAAAGAGUUUGAAGAAUGGCUUUCAAUGAGAAGUAAAAACUUUGAAUUUUGCUCAGUUCACUGUAAAUAUGUAGUCCACAUGUAGUCAUCUUUCUCUGUAACAUCAAAAUGUUAUGAUUUCUUUCAUAAUUUCUUGUAAAUUUUUCACCAAAAAUCUGAUACCGACAAUUGCUGUAAACUUACAUUAAGAGAUUUAUCAUGGGAGAUCCUUCAUUAAGAAAGAGCUCAGCAUUAAGGCGGCUACGUAGUCAACUGAAGAAAAAGAAAGAAUCUUUAGCUGAUCACUUCGACUUCAAGAUGUAUAUUACAUUCCACUUUAAAGAAAGGAAGAAAAGUUGUGCAGUGUUUGAGGUUGAAGAGGUACUACCUGUGAUGACAAAUAAUUAUGAAGAUUGUAUAAAAGAGGGGGCAAAGGUAUACUCUAUAACUUACACUAGUUCAAAGGAGUUGAUUGAGAGGGAUAUAGUACAAUUCCAUGCACCCAGAUGGCAACCAAUGAGAAGGGACUUGAUUGGUUGUACUACGGAUGUAGACUACUUUCUCUGGCCAAGGAAGGACCUAGAUAGGAUUGAAUGUAAUCUAUUUUCAAAAUGGAAGGAGGAGCAAGGGCCAUUCAAGAAGAUAGAGAUGGAGUUUGAGUUUCUACAGAGAGAUAUUGAGAAGCAGGCAGUGUUUUUACUAACCAGGAAAGAAGAUACUGGACUUAUCAUCAGUAAUCCAGAUCAGAAUAUGUUCCUGUUUAUUGACAGGCUUAACCUACAGACUAAGAAGAACACGGUGACCAUUUUAAAGUUAGCCAAUGUAUGUGUAUACCUGCCACAAGACCAGCUCAUGUACUGGGGAACUGAGACAAUGGAACACACACUGAAUUCUCUUAUGAAUACACAGGACAGUCAGCAUUGAGAAAUAUAUAUUUUUUUACAGUUCUUUAAAACAUGUAUUAUAAUUGAGCUUGACAAAAAAUCAUGUUUUUAUAUUGAAAUUAGACCGGAAAUGCAGAAGAAGUGGUUACUGUCUCAAGCAUUUUGUUAGAACUGUGGCCUUUUUAUAGUUUUUGUAAUAGGAAAAGAACUGUUUGAUCAAAAUCAAUGUCAGUAUACUAAAUUUUGCAGUUUGAAGAAGCUGGUUUUUGUGGGAUAUCGGUAUCAUACAGCAAAAUUAUUUUUUGUUCUGCAGCAUGCAUAUUUUUAUACUAUUGGUAUGUUGGCUUACUUUAAACUUGAUUGUGUUACCAUAGUAUGUACUUGUAAGAAAACACACAGGGGGCAUAUAAUGUAAAAGUUUAAAAUGACAGCCGUUGCUUAAGUGUGUGUCAAUAAUUUCUGUCCCAGUUUACAUUUAUUUUUGAAAUUUCAUGUUUCAAAAGUUCCAUUUAAAUUUAUGAUUUUUUUUAAAAGUUGAAGCUAUCCCUAUCAGGCACGUUCAUUUUCUGCCAUUGUUACUCCUAAGCACAGGCUGAAGUAACUGAUCCUUAACCCUUAGCCUGCUGUCGGCAAGUGAUUCUGCCUUUGCGGCCAGUGCAGACCAAGAUCAGCCUGCACAUCUGUGCAGUCUGAUCAUGGUCUGCACUGUUGGUUAUUCAGUCAGUAUCUUUUUGGUAAGCACCCUUUUUAACAAUUAAUGGUACUGUCCAAAUUGAAAGAUGGAAGAGUUCAUUAUAGAAAUUUAGCAAGGUAAGGGUUAAAAUUAUGUUUGAAAUUCUCUAAAACCUUUAAUUUCUUGGACAUUAAGCUUAGUGGUUUUGUCCAGAAUUAUUAUUUUAUGGGGACAUGAAUCAACUGAUUCAAAAAUUAACUAUAACAUGUGUAAGGAUAAUGUUUGUUUGUUGCACUUUGAUUUCUAGGGAUCCCUGAAAGUUUCUCAUGUACUAACAAUGAAUAUUACCAAAACCAAUAGUCAUCACCACCAGCUGAUGGUAAAUUGGUGAUUUUGUUUUUGGUAAAGAAGAUUUAACUAACUGAAGUAAAACUGUUAAAUCAUUAAAAUUUGUUAAAUAAUAAUUUUUGUGGAUUUCAUGGUAGUUGUCAAUCCAAGAAAUAUAAGAUUCCUGUUUAAGUAAGCUAUGAACCAUGAAUUUAUAUCUAAGAAAAGUUGCAAAUUUGUAGAAAAACCUUUUUUUUUUGAGAAACUAAAUGCAGAGCUCCAGAUAAGAUUCUCCCUUGUUUUUUUCCCAUAGGGUAUUUUACCCCCAGAUCUUUUCUUUUUUAAAUAUAUCUUUUAAAUUUCUGAAAGCGAAUUGUAGUUUUCUUAGUUCUUUAGAAUGUAUUUGUUUACAUUGUAAUUAAAGUGUACAGUUAUAUCUUUAACUCCUAAUGACCAAAGUUCAAGAGCGAUGACUACAUCACUGCCUGUACCUUUUUCAAAUAGGAUUUACAUUUUAUAAAUAAAUGUAUUACAUUCCGAUUUUAUUUGCAGCUUAUCUGGAGCUCUGAUAAAUGAUAUCUGUUUCAUUGUAUACAAAUAUUUGUUUUUUUUUUCGGCAUUGUAAUCAAUAACUGAUGCUGUCCUAUAAUAAGGGUCUACCAGAAAUAAUUAACUUGUCAAAUUCUUCUGUACUAAAUCAAGAAUGAUGUGUGUGUAGGGAAUAUAACAGCAAUAGUUAAUGUAAUUGUGCAAUAGAAGGGUCCUUUGAUUUUAAGUUGUAUAGGACUUUGUUUUCUAUAAGAUCAUUAAGAAUAGGCUAAAACUGCUGUCCUUGGCACUACUUUCACACUAAGCUAAAACUACCUCUUCAUGUCUUGUGAAUUAGAUAUUUUUAGCUCGACUUUCCGAAGAAAAUGUAGAGCUAUUGCACUCGCCCCAGAAUCAGCAUUGCCGUUGGCGUUGGUGUCGUCGUCGGUUAAAGCUUUUACUAUCAGACCUAUUGACUUGAAACUUAAAAUAGUUAUCUACUAUCACAGACUACACCAGGGGAAACAACCCUCAUAACUCUGGUUUGAAUUUUGAAAAAGUUUUUGAUAAAGUCAAAUAUCUCUGUUACUAUCAAAACUUUUGACUUGAAACUUAAAAUAGUUAUUUACUAUCAAGUCUACACCAAUAGAAACA